AUGGGGCUGCCGCGUGCUACACGAACCUCGACCGGGGUACCGUCACCGAGAGCGUCGAUGCUUCGGGCGCCUGGCGAUGGCAUUGGCCGUCCCACCAGCAUGCUGGCAUCGGAACGCGACGAGCUGGUGGGCGACGAGAUGCCCGCCGAAGAGGACGAAGAGCUGACGGUGGACCAGGCGAUCAACCUGGUCGUGAGCAGCAACGUCGAACAGAGCGUGCUUGCGCUCAAGCACGUCGAGGCGUUCAUCCGCGAGGAGGAGCCGCAGCUGAUCCUGCACGUGGACCAGCUUGCGAUUGUGCUGAGCAAGCAGAUGCAGCGCGCGUUUGCGCCGGACGCGGGCGAGUUCGGACACGAGCGGCUCAAGAAGCAUCUGCUGGUGGUGAGCACCUCGCUCUUCGACAAGAACCGCGUGUGGGAGGAGGGGCGUACGCUGGGGUCGUACCUGUCGCGUUCGGCGCUGAUCCCGCUGCUGACGGUGCUGCUGCAGCAGCUGAUCCAGUCGACGUCGCGCAGCGACGACGCGGCGGCGCAGAACGAGUCCAAGUUCCUCAACGUGAUUGUGCUGCGGUGCUUUUCGGCGUGCAACCUAAACCUGCUGUACGGCGCGUGCCUGCAGAUGCUCACCGAGGCCACCGAGGACCUGCGCGAGCUCGAGGGCGAGGUGCUCGAGACGCGCUCCAAGUUCUCCGAGCUGCUGGUCAAGUGUCUGUGGAAGAUCGCCAAGCGGCUCGAGGAGAGUCUGGCGCAGGGGCAGGUGGAGCCGCAGCAGCUGUUUGCGGACGUCGAGAGCUUCCUGCAGGCGAUCGCGCCGUCCGAGUGGCGCCAGCGCGCGCAGGACGGCGUGCCGCUCGCCGACUUGCCGCUGCGCACCGUCAAGAUCAUCCUCUCGCACACCUCGAACCACUUUGGCGAGGAGGCGCUGGGCAUGCUCGACAUGAUCCCGCAGCCCGAGAACAGCUACGUCUACAAGUACCUCAUCCGCAUGCUCAACGUGGCGGCGGACGAGGGUGCGGGUGCGGACAAGGCGGCGGUGGCGGAUGUGGAUGGCGGCGAUGCGGGUGCAGCUUCUGCGGCGCGUGCGCGAGGUGCCGUGGGCAGCCAGAGCAGCGCGGGCAACGGACACGGCGCAGGCGCCGGCAACGGCAGCAGCAGCGGCCGCAUCUCGAACAAGACCGAGUCGCGGCAGGGCAUCCGGGAGCUGUACGAGUUCCAGAAGCGCAAUCCGCACCUGGAGAAGCACGUGGAGAACUCGCUGCAGAAGACGGGACCGAUCUUCCAGCGCUUUAUCAAGCGGGCGCUGGCGAAUCACGCUGCCGAGGAUCCGGACGUGAUGGGGUCCGGCGGUGGCGGCGCGGCGGCGGGGGGUGGAGAGGCGGAGGCGGCCGAGGUGAAGCGCGGCAGUACGCCGUCGGGCGCGAGUGCCAACGGCAGCAGUACGGGAGCGGGUGCAGUGGCGACGCCAGGCACCCCGCGGUCGUCGCGCUUCUCGGUGGCAGCGGCGGGAGCAGCAGGCGAUGGGUCGAUGGGCAGUCCGUCGUCGUCGGCCACGCAGUCGCCGCGCGGCUCAUCGAUCCGCAGCUCGGCGACCGAAGACCGGCUAGCUCAGCUGCGCGCCAAGUUUAGCUCGUAG